UACAGCAUGGCCCAAACAGAGAAGAAAGGUGGGCUGCUCCGGAAAUCCUCAGCCUCCAAGAAGCCACUGAAGGAGAAAGUUGUGUUGAUGUAUGAUGAAAUUUUCACGACAGAGGACCCCAGUAAAUGCAACCCAAGGUUUUGGGAGGAGCUGUUUCUUAUGAAGGUCAACUUGGAAUAUCUGGAAGGCAAGCUGGAGGCUCUGGAUGGGGAAGAGUUAAUGAAGAUAAAAGAUAACAUCAACUGCUUGUUUCAGCACUGCAUCCAGGCACUGGGUGAAGAACACCCGAUCAGAGUGGUCAAUGCAUUACAGACAUUGUGUGCAUUGAUUCGGGGUGUCCAUCAGAAGAACAAAUCCACUUCUGGGUUUGACAUCAUCAACAUGCUUGUGGGUUUCGAUAAGGCAGAGCUAUGUAUGAAGAAUCUGAUGGAGAGCUUGGACUCGCUCCUCUGUGCAGAAGGUUCUGAAAGCCUCAAAAGCUUGUGUCUGAAGCUACUUCUCUGCUUGGUGACGGUGACAGAUAACAUUAGCCAGAACACUAUCCUGGAAUAUGUGAUGAUUAACAGCAUAUUUGAAGCUAUUUUACAGAUCCUGUCCAGCCCACUUAGUCGCAGGGAGCACGGCUAUGAUGCUGUUGUCCUUCUUGCCUUGCUGGUCAACUACAGAAAGUAUGAGUCAGUGAAUCCCUAUAUUGUGAAGCUCUCCAUCGUAGAUGAUGAAGCCACGCUCAAUGGAAUGGGACUUGUAAUUGCCCAGGCUUUAUCGGAAUAUAACAGGCAAUACAAAGAUAAGGAAGAGGAGCACCAGAGUGGUUUCUUCUCAGCCCUAACUAAUAUGGUGGGCAGCAUGUUCAUAGCAGAUGCUGAUGAGAAGAUUUCAGUCCAAACAAAUGAAGCAAUCCUUCUGGCCCUCUAUGAAGCUGUUCACUUAAACCGGAAUUUCAUCACAGUUCUGGCACAAAGCCAUCCUGAAAUGGGGCUGAUGACAACACCAACAAGCCCAAUUCCAACAACACCUGUCACUCCACUUGGAACCACCCCACCUUCUUCAGAUGUCAUAAGCUCUGCAGAGCUGCCUUUGGAUGCUGAUGUGCAAACUAGCAACCUGCUGAUAACCUUCUUGAAGUACAGCUCGAUUGUGAUGCAGGACACAAAAGACGAGCACCGGCUACACAGUGGGAAGCUGUGUCUGAUUAUCCUGACGUGCAUAGCAGAGGAUCAGUAUGCUAAUGCUUUUCUCCAUGAUGAUAACAUGAAUUUUCGAGUAAACCUUCACAGGAUGCCAAUGAGGCAUAGGAAGAAAGCAGCAGACAAGAACCUGCCCUGUCGCCCGCUGGUGUGUGCGGUGCUUGAUUUGAUGGUGGAGUUCAUUGUCACACACAUGAUGAAAGAAUUUCCUAUGGAUCUCUAUGUGCGGUGCAUUCAGAUUGUGCAUAAGUUGCUUUGCUACCAGAAGAAAUGCAGAGUGAGGCUUCAUUACACCUGGAGGGAGCUCUGGUCAGCUUUGAUCAACUUGUUGAAGUUCCUUAUGUCUAAUGAGACUGUGUUGCUGGCCAAGCACAACAUCUUCACCCUUGCUCUUAUGGUCGUGAACCUGUUCAACAUGUUCAUUACUUAUGGAGACACCUUUCUCCCCACUCCCAGCAGCUAUGAUGAGCUGUAUUAUGAAAUCAUUCGGAUGCAUCAGAAUUUUGAUAACCUUUAUUCUAUGGUUCUAAGGCUGUCUACCAAUGCUGGUCAGUGGAAAGAGCCUGCAAGCAAGGUGACCCAUGCAUUAGUCAACAUUAGAGCCAUCAUCAAUCACUUCAACCCGAAGAUAGAGUCCUACGCUGCGGUGAAUCACAUCUCUCAGCUCUCUGAGGAUCAGGUUUUGGAAGUGGUACGGUCCAACUAUGACACACUGACACUGAAACUGCAGGACGGACUGGACCAGUACGAGCGCUACUCGGAGCAGCAUAAAGAGGCUGCCUUCUUCAAAGAGCUGGUUCGGUCCAUCAGCAUCAAUGUGAGGAAGAACCUUGCUUUCAACACACUGAGCCAGGAACUGCUGCUGAAGGAAUUCUCUACGAUCUCUUGAAGCAGGAUGCAGCCGCUGCACAGGGCUGACCAGAGACAGGCCUGUCUGGGCAGGGACACUACACAUCUGCAGCCGGUCGCCCCUUGCCUUCCGCCCACAAAGGGACUGUGUUUCUUUUAGGGGAGAGCCUUGCUGCUGUGCGUUCGAUCC